AGGGAGGGUCGCCACUGAACAUUUGUGUGUGUCUCGUCGAUCAGUUCAUUACAGAACUAUUCAUCGUAACGAGACGCGUUCACCGUGUUAUGCUCGUCGCAUCCCAAAACUGUGUGUUCGCUAGCUCUCAUCAACAGAGCAUUUCGGCACACCUGCACUUAUAAGCGUUCGAUCUUGAACAGACAUCUUGUACUACUUUCUGAAUUUGACUGUGUUUUCCCCCCAAGCUUCAACAAAAGCCGUGUAGAAUUUACCUCGCAGUCUAGGCCUAGCAUCGGCUCCUAUUCUUUUCCGCAGAAUUUUAAGGGAGAAGAAAUAUUGCAUUCUCUCUCUUUUUGGCGCACCAAAAAGUUGACUAACUUUCAUUGGAUUGCUUGUCUUGGUCUUCUCCAGUAGACUGACUGUUUAUGCUGAAAAUCCAGAUAUUACUACAGACGACAUCGGUGCAGUGCAAAAUAAAAACCAAUUUUAUUGGAAAGAUUCGGUUCUGAAAAAUUUCGAUAAUAUUCUAAUUUCUGACGCCACCUAUCGACGCCUUCGAAUACCAAACGUUCUAAAACUAGUCGGCGUCUUUUGAACGUUAAUGAGAACACUGGGCUGCCAUUUCCUCCCCUCUUUCCACUCUUUUUAUGCCCAAAAGAAAGGAGGUAUGAGGCAGAAAAAAACCAUGUAUCACCUUGAGAAUACAACGCUUCUCUCUUGCUGAUUAGUGCAAAGCUUCGGUUCACGAUUUGAAUAUUGUAUUGGAAUCUUUCCAUAUCAUUGAGGAGGUAACAUUACUGUCACGGAUGUCAUCAUGAAGCAGAAAAGGUGAAGAAUCAUCCAGUUUUGAUGCAUACAGUAAUCCGCCUUUCCAUGUGGCUGUCCUGCUAACAACUCUAUUGAUACAACAGGACAGACUGUCCCGAUCAUUGACGACAAUUUUUCUUUUUAUUUUGCUUUCUGAUCGGAAAUCUUGAAGAUUUUCUUCACUAACUUUACCAAGCAUUGGUCUUCCCAUGCCCUAUCAAAUAGGGUAACCUCAGCCUAAUUUCAUUUUAGUUUUUCUUUCUGUCCGUUGCCCACCCAAGGAUUCAUCCUGGUACCCAUACGUAAGAAGCGGAACUCCAAUCUUUCCACAACGGAGUCCCCCUACGGAAAUUACCCGACGGACUGUUGUCCAUCAAACCACAUGAGCAUGAUGAACCCACCUGGCCAUCAUGGUGACCAGCACCACAUGAUGGGCAUGAUGGCCACACACCAUGGCGGAAUGGCCACCAUGCAACAAAUUCAGCCGCCCCAACAACAACAGCAGCAGCAGCAACAGCACUUCUCGCCCCCUGGUGGGCCGGGGGGUAGCAGGUGCUGCGCGGGCUGCGGAGCCAAGAUUAUGGACAGAUUCCUGCUGCACGCACUUGACCGAUAUUGGCACAAUGGGUGUCUGAAGUGCUCGUGCUGUCAGGCGACGCUAGCGGACAUUGGCAGUUCGUGCUUCACAAAAGGAGGAAUGAUUCUCUGCAAAAACGACUAUGUCAGGUUAUUCGGUAACAGUGGAGCGUGUAGUGCCUGCGGCCAGAUGAUCCCUGCCAGCGAGUUCGUGAUGCGAGCUCAGGGCAACGUCUACCAUCUCAAGUGUUUCACCUGCGUCAAAUGCCACAAUCAGCUGGUGCCGGGCGACCGCUACAACCUGAUGAACGGCAGCGUGCUCUGCGAACAAGACUGUAUCAAAAUGCUCAAGGGGACCGUCAGUCCGGCAGGAGUCAGGAAGACCAAAAUGAGGGUCAACUCAGCCAUCAAAGUCUAACCAGUCCCCGUGCUCAACCCCCGAUCCCCCCGAUGCCAAAAUAACCUUGUACUUAUACUAAAAAAGCCGUUUUAUGGACUUCAGCUGACGAUGUCGCACCCUCCCCUCGAGCUACAAGUGUGUCGUCGGACGUGGGGGACAAACCACAAGAGAGACCUCAUAGUUGAAUUUAGUUUUAUCACUUGUUGCACAUUUUUUCCCUGUUUGUUUCACUCCUAUCCCCAGUUCAAGCAUUGGUAAAAAAAACAAGGACACAAAUAAACAGUCAACAAGUGAGAACCGCAACCGAAGAGCCUGAACAUGCUUCAGAUAAAAUCCGAAUUCAUAACUUGACUCCAUUGUGCUCGUGGACGGAGCCAGCCAUGGACAAGACUUGGAAAAGUCAAUGUCUUUCUUUUUGUUUUAUUAGCUGUGAAAUCAACUACAGACUGUUCCCAGUUGAUGACCAAGACGGUCGGUCACUCCUGCACAAUCUGUAUAAAAACAAAAUACUAGUAUAAUAGAUGAUGAAAAAUAAAAAGCAGCAAUAAAAGAAAAUGGAUCACCCAAACCUUCAUCAGAAGCGGCAAAGGAGACACUUCGCGGCGCUCUUUGUGCGGAUUGUGGAACUGUUCAAACUCUUGCUGACGCAUGAAUGAAAACAAUGCAUUUUUUUCUUAUUUUCGUUUGUUAAUACGCCGAUUCAGGUUACUGUAUAUAUGCAAAUCACAUUCGACAUGUACUGUAAAGAAUUUUCUCAUUA